AUGGACGGCUGGGACACUUCCUCCAACACAGGCUCGGGGUAUUCUGGCCAACACCAACAGUCUUAUGAUAACAACAAUGGCGGCUACGGAGGGGGAGGAGGACGGGGCGGCGGCGGCGGAGGAUAUGGAGCGCGCGAUCAAGGAUGGGCCAAUUCACCUCGUCGUGGCGGUCGAGGCGGCUACCGCGGCGGCGGAGGAGGAGGAGGUGGCGCAUACCACCAUCACCAACAACAACAGCAGCAGCAGUCCGUAGAACAGCGCGAGGAAAACCGCAUCCGAUACAUCCGCUCGCAACUCUUCAAGCUCGGCGAGGAGAAAGAUUUCCAUCCUCCUUCCGACCUCCUCAAAAUGGCACGCUGGAUCGAGGACAAAUCCAGAGAUGGUGUCCAACCCAUUACCGCCGCUUUCAGGGUCAUGGUCACCGAACAGCCCCACAAGACUCCCCUCAUCGCCGCCCUCAUCGGCUUCCUUUGCCUCUCGCACCAAUCCAAGCCCCCAACCGCAGCCGCAGCCGCUGCUGCGCGUUCAGAGGCUGGAGUCGAGGAGGAGGAUCUACCUUCAACCGAAGUCAACGCUGACGAGCCCGACUCGUUGGGCAUCACCAUUGUCAAAGACCUCGUCAAGGCGUUCCGAAGUUACCUCGAUGCGCGUCUCUGGCGAAACACGCGUCUCAGUCUAAACCUCUUUGCCGCCCUUGUUCCGCUCCAUAUCAUCCCCGCAAGCUCCCUGCGAACGCUACUGGCUUCUUUUGCCGCUGUGCUAGACGAGCCUGCAGUUGCAGCCGCCAGAGCCGAUCGUGCGGCCAUUUGCAUCAUCGAGACGCUCUGCCGUGCUGGUCAAGAUCUGCUGGCUGGUGGCGAUGCUGCUCAAGCUGAGCUCGACGACUUGGUGCACAAAGUGGUGACUUACGAUGCAGCACGCAAAGUCGAGGUCCAACUCACUCAACCCGUGCACGACCUGGACUCCAUCUGGCUCGAAGGCUUCCCAGACGCUGUCAAGGCCUUGGAAGAGCUCAGAGCUCGAGGCUACACCCGUCCUCGUUUCCUCCCAGUCCCCUCGGAUCUACUGCCUGCCGCCAUUUCGCCCUCAGCUACCCAGGUGCCCGAAGAAAAACGAACAGUGUCGCUUCCGGACGUGCUUGUCCCACCCGAAGAGGACGCAGAGGAUCAAGGGCUCGACGUGGCCUAUGCCCAACUGGGCCAGCACCAGGUCAAGCGUCGCAAAAUCGAUACGGGCAAAGGCGAGCUCGAAGAGAAGAAAGCUGCUGUGGGACCUCAACGCGUUAGCCUGCAACCGCGCUGGUUUUCCAACACGGUGCCCGCCGUCGCUUCGCCUGCUUCGGUUGUAUUGCGAGCCAUUGUCGCCGAUAUGAUCGAUCUGUACGAAGUCAACCGCAAAGAGGCUGCCAAGCUGUUACUUGAUCUGCCCAACUGGCUGCGCAGGGGGACUUUUGUUGGGGCCAAGAUUUCCACCGAGGCUGGGCUCUUCGGCGAGAUGGAUGACGAGCAGCAGACUGGCGAGAACAGCUGGUCGCUCGACGACUUGCUUGUCGAAUCCAUCCUUUCCACUGCCUUUAUCCUCCCCACUCCGCCGCGCAAUCCGCUCUACUACACUUCUCUGCUACGCGAGAUCGUUACACUGACACCGGGCACAGUGGCGCCUUCGCUCGGCCGAACGAUCCGAACGUUCUACAACGCCCUCUCCUCCCCGCACCAAAUCGACGUGGAAACCGUCCACCGUUUCGCAGACUGGUUCGCCAUCCACCUGUCCAACUUCAAUUUCGGCUGGGCGUGGAAGGAGUGGAUCCCGGACACGGGCUUGGAGGCGUCGCAUCCCAAGAUUGUGUUCAUGCAGCGCAUUGUCGAGCUCGAGAUCCGGCUGGCGUACUUCGAUCGCGUCAAGCAGACGCUGCCGGAGGAGAUUCAGGCGGUGGCGAUGCCUGCAGAGGAACCGGCUGCUGUUUUCACCUAUGCCGACGAAUCACAUGCAUACAGCGCGCAGGCGGCGAGGUUGAUCAACUCGAUCAAGGCCAAGGCGAGCGCCGAGGUGAUUUUGGCCGACUUUGAAUCGUUCAAGAGCAGCAUCCUCGACAACUCGUCGGCCACGAUCCCCACUGACGCCAGCGAGGGAAUGGUGCGCGAUCAGCAGCAGGCCGACGUGGUCGUGCGCGACCUCACCAUCCAGUGCGUCCUCCAGGUCGGAUCGCGCUCCUUUUCGCAUUUCCUCAACAUUGUCGAGCGCUACCACUCGCUGCUUCGUCAGUUGUCGCGCAGUCCACGCAUGCGUGCCGCCAUCCUUGCCGGAGCAGUGCGCUUCUGGACGCGCUCGCAGCAGUGGAUCCACAUUGUAGUGGACAAGCUGUUGCAGUACCGCAUUGUGGAACCGGCGGAUGUAGUUGAGUUUGUGUUCAGUCCGCCGGUGGAUGAGCCGGCUACGAUCCGUGCGGGAGGCGACGAAAAGGAGGGAUGGGUGGGGUUCAACACGUGGACGCUGUUGCGGUUGACGCUGGAAAAGGUAAACGGGCGCGUGGAUCAGCUGAAAAAGAGGCUGGAGGAGAUCGAGCGCAAGGAGGCCGAGGAGAGGGAGAAGAAAGACGCGGCUGCUGCGGCUGGAUUACCCCUGGACGACGACGACAUGCCCGCGCCCGCCGCACCCGAAGAAGAAGAGCCAAUGCCGCUCUUCCCCACCAGUGCCACGCUCCCCAUCCGCCCCUCGGAACCCUCCCAACAUGCCGCUGGCCAGCAGCAGCUCUCCUCCUCCGACGCGCUCGCCAACCUCGAUGCGAUCAAGAGCGAACAGCGCAAGGUCCUCAUCACCGCCAUCAAGGGGUUCAAGGCCCACCUCGCCGCGAUCGAGGACGACCAAGACGCGUGGAAGCACUGGUGGACCAUGGGCUGGUAUACGCAGAUGGUCAGGUGCUUUAACGUGCAGCUCAUGCAGAACCGGCAGUUGGUGCUCAGCAAUGCGUUUGGCGACGCGCAUGGCGAGCAGGAGCAACGGCUGAAGCAGGUGUUCGAACGUGCAGUGGAUCUGCUGUCCGAGUGA